UUGCAGCCUUCUCCGAUCGGGUGGGGGUUGUGGGGGGGUGAGAGGAGAGAAACGAGAGAGAUGUGUGGAUUUAAAAUCUAAUCGCCUUCAGCUUUGUGUACAGGACAGGCUGUUUUCGCCGGAUAAAGCUGUGAUCAGGGACUGCAAGUUAUCCUAAAGGAUGAGCAGCACAAUGUCAACCGCGACAGACUAUGACAGCAUUGAGAUACAGCAGCAGUAUAACGACAUAAAUAACCGCUGGGACGCCAACGAGGAGGAGUGGGACAAUGAAAACAGCUCUGCGCGACUCUUUGAACGCUCACGUAUCAAAGCCUUAGCAGAUAUGGAUUAUUCUCCCAGAACUCCAGAAUCUAUGACACCACCCCUGUCACCAGCGGCAUAUGUCAACUCAACACAGUAUUCCAGUGUCCUGGAGGGAAGAUUCAAGCAGCUGCAAGAUGAACGUGAAGCAGUGCAGAAGAAAACAUUUACCAAAUGGGUAAACUCACACUUAGCAAGAGUGACAUCUCGAAUCACAGACCUGUAUACAGACUUGAGGGAUGGGAGAAUGCUGAUUCGUUUGCUGGAGGUGCUGUCGGGUGAGCAGCUGCCCAAACCCACCAAAGGACGGAUGCGGAUUCACUGUUUAGAAAAUGUGGAUAAGGCCCUGCAAUUCUUGAAAGAGCAGAAAGUCCAUCUGGAAAACAUGGGCUCACAUGACAUUGUAGAUGGGAACCACCGGCUUACUCUGGGCUUAAUAUGGACCAUCAUCCUUCGAUUUCAAAUCCAAGAUAUCAGUGUUGAAACAGAGGAUAACAAAGAAAAGAAAUCUGCCAAAGAUGCGCUUCUGCUCUGGUGCCAAAUGAAGACAGCAGGGUAUCCCAAUGUUAAUGUUCACAACUUCACCACAAGCUGGAGGGAUGGACUGGCCUUCAAUGCAAUUGUCCACAAACACAGGCCUGAUCUGAUUGACUUUGACAGACUAAAGAAGUCAAAUGCUCACUACAACUUACAAAAUGCUUUCAAUGUGGCAGAGCAGCAACUGGGACUCACCAAACUGCUGGAUCCUGAAGAUGUCAGUGUGGACCAGCCUGAUGAAAAAUCAAUCAUCACUUACGUUGCUACUUAUUAUCACUACUUCUCUAAGAUGAAGGCACUGGCAGUAGAAGGGAAACGAAUUGGGAAGGUGUUGGAUUAUGCAAUUGAGGCAGACAACAUGAUUGACAAGUAUGAAACUCUUGCCUCUGACCUCCUGCAGUGGAUUGAGCACACCAUCAUUACAUUGAAUGAUCGCAAACUGGCAAACUCACUGAAUGGGGUUCAGAAUCAACUUCAAGCAUUCAAUACCUACCGCACUGUGGAGAAACCACCCAAGUUUACAGAAAAAGGCAAUCUAGAGGUACUACUUUUCACUAUUCAAAGCAAAAUGAGAGCCAACAACCAGAAAGUCUACAUUCCACGAGAGGGCAAACUUAUCUCCGACAUUAACAAGGCCUGGGAAAGACUGGAGAAAGCUGAGCACGAGCGGGAACUAGCCUUGCGAACUGAGCUUAUCCGACAGGAGAAACUGGAACAACUUGCUCACCGGUUUGAUCGCAAAGCAGCUAUGAGAGAGACGUGGCUGAGUGAAAAUCAGCGUCUUGUUUCCCAGGACAAUUUUGGAAUAGAUCUGGCUGCAGUGGAGGCUGCCACAAGAAAGCAUGAGGCCAUUGAGACAGACAUUAACGCCUAUAAUGAGCGUGUGCAGGCUGUGGUGGCUGUAGCCAAGGAGCUGGAGGCUGAACGUUACUAUGACAUCAAACGCAUCACAGUCAGGAAGGACAACGUUAUCCGCCUGUGGGACUACCUUCGGGAGCUGCUGCACGCACGCCGUGAACGUCUCAUGAGGAACCUCGAACUGCAGAAGAUGUUCCAGGAAAUGCUGCAUAUCGUGGAUUGGAUGGAAGACAUGAAGAGCCGCCUGCAAUCGCAAGAUUACGGCAAACACCUGCAUGGCGUCGAGGAUCUGCUUCAGACUCACACAUUGGUGGAGGCAGAUAUUGCAGUCCAGGCAGAACGAGUUAAAACGGUUUAUACGGGUGCUCAGAAAUUCAUUACCAGUGAGGAAGGUUACAAGCCAUGCGACCCUCAAAUCGUCCAAGACCGUGUCACACACUUGGAUCUUUGCUAUCAGGAGUUGUGCAAACUUGCAGCAGAGCGUCGUGCAAAGCUUGAAGAGUCGAGGCGCCUUUGGAAGUUCUUCUGGGAGAUGGGCGAAGAGGAAUCCUGGAUCCGGGAGAAAGAGCAAAUCAUGUCUUCAGAAGAUUAUGGCAAGGAUCUGACCAGCGUCAUGAUGCUGAUCAGCAAGCAUAAUUCUUUCAAGGAUGAGAUGAGUGGCCGCAGUGGUCCCCUGCAGCAAACAAUAAGGGAGGGAGAGGGUUUAAUUGAAGAGGGGCACUUUGGGGCCAGUGAAGUCAAGGACAAAAUUGAGGACAUUCGAGGGCUGUGGACACAUUUGGAGGAGUUGGCAGCCCUGCGGGAGCAGAGAUUGAAUGAGAUUUCCAAUCUGUACCAAUUCCAGGCUGAUGCCAAUGACAUCGAGGCUUGGAUUCUUGACACCCUGCGAAUUGUGACUAGCAGCGAUGUCGGACACGACGAGUACUCCACACAAACCCUAGCCAAAAAGCACAAGGACAUACAAGAGGAAAUUCACAACCAUAGGCCCACCAUUGAUGCCUUGCAUGAGCAAGCCCGAAGCCUGCCAGCUGACUUUGCCCAGUCACCAGAGGUAGAUGGCAGGCUUCCUGCCAUUGAGCAGAGGUAUGAGGAGUUGGUUGCCCUUGCACAGCAGCGGAAACAGGCCCUGCAGGAUGCGUUGGCACUUUACAAGAUGUUCAGUGAGGCAGAUGCCUGUACACUUUGGAUCGACGAGAAAGAGCAGUGGCUGAACACCAUGGAGAUCCCUGAGAAACUUGAGGACUUGGAAGUUGUUCAGCACAGGUUUGAAACACUUGAGCCAGAGAUGAACAACCAAGCCUCCCGCAUUGCAUCAGUCAACAAGGUUGCCAGUCAGUUAUUAAGCACCGAGCACCGUAACAAAGACGAGGUCACUGGUAUGAAAGACCAGCUCAACAGAAGCUGGGAUCAGUUCCGCAGUCUUGCAGAUCAGAAGAAGGAGGCGCUUAGCUCUGCCCUCAGCAUUCAGAAUUACCACCUUGAGUGUAAUGAGACCAAAUCAUGGAUUAAGGAGAAGACCAAAGUUAUUGAGUCUACUCAGAGCCUUGGAAACGAUCUGGCAGGUGUCAUGGCCCUUCAACGCAAGUUAACUGGCAUGGAGCGGGAUUUGGAGGCCAUUCAGGGCAAGCUGGAUGACUUGCAGAAAGAAGCAGAGAAACUUGCCUCAGAGCAUCCAGAGCAGGCAGAAGCCAUCUUGGCUAGGCUUUCCGAAAUCAAUGGCGUGUGGGAGGACCUGAAGGACACCUUGAAAAAAAGAGAGGAGUCGCUGGGCGAAGCCAGCAAGCUGCAGGAGUUCCUGAGGGACCUGGAUGAUUUUCAGUCAUGGCUAUCCCGAACACAGACUGCCAUUGCUUCGGAGGAUAUGGCCACAUCAUUGUCAGAUGCAGAGAAGCUCCUCACCCAGCACGAGAAUAUCAAGAAUGAGAUUGAUAACUACAAGAGUGAUUAUGAGAGGAUGCGAAAGGUCGGGGAGGAGGUGACACAAGACCAAACUGAUGCUCAAUAUAUGUUCCUGCACCAGAGGCUCCAGGCUCUCGAUACAGGAUGGAAUGAACUGAGCCAGAUGUGGGAGAACAGGCAUGACCUCCUGGCACAAGUGUAUGGCUAUCAGAUCUUCCUGCGUGAUGUCAAACAGGCAGAAGGGUUCCUGAAUAAUCAGGAGUACAUGCUGUCACACACAGAGAUGCCUGGUACCCUGGAGAUGGCUGAGGCUGCCAUCAAGAAGCACGAGGACAUUGAGACCACGAUGGAUGCCAAUGAGGAAAAGAUCAACAGCGUGGUGGAUUCGGGAAAAAAACUCAUGAGCGAGGGGAACGUUCAUUCUGACAAAAUCAAAGAGAAGGUGGACUCCAUUGAUGAACGACACAGAAAGAAUCGCAAAGCUGCAAGCGACCUUGCCAGCCGACUCAAGGAUAACUUGGAGCUGCAGAAAUUUCUUCAAGAUUGUCAGGAGCUUGCACUCUGGAUCAAUGAAAAGAUGUUGACAGCCCAAGAUAUGUCAUACGAUGAGGCUCGAAAUCUUCACACUAAGUGGCAGAAACACCAAGCCUUCAUGGCGGAACUCGCUUCCAAUAAGGACUGGCUGGACAAGAUAGACAGGGAUGGGAAGCAGUUGAUAUCUGAGAAACCAGAUACUGAGCCCAUUGUGGAGGAGAAGCUCAAAUACCUGCACAGGCUCUGGGAUGAUCUGGAAUCCACCACCAAAACUAAAGCUCAGUGUCUUUUUGAUGCAAACCGCACUGAGCUAUUCACACAGAGCUGUGCAGACCUGGACACCUGGCUCAAUAAUCUGGAUGCUCAAUUGCAGUCUGACGAUCAUGGCAAAGACCUGACAAGUGUCAGCAUCCUUUUGAAAAAGCAGCAGAUGCUGGAGAACCAGAUGCAAGUCCGGCAGAAGGAGAUCGAGGAGUUGAAGCUUCAGGCACAGGCACUUGGACAAGAGGAUACUAAUAUCGUAGAGGUGGAUUCCAAACGAAAGAGGGUAGAGGAACGAUUCCAGGAGCUACUAAAACCUAUUGAAGAGAGACGGAGGAAUCUCAUGGCAUCCAAAGAGGGCCAUCAAUUCAACAGGGACUUGGAGGAUGAAGUUCUCUGGAUAAAUGAACGGAUGCCACUGGCAACCUCAACCGAUCAUGGCAACAAUCUGCCAACUGUGCAACUACUCAUUAAAAAGAACCAGACCCUACAGAAGGAGAUCCAGGGUCAUCAACCUCGAAUUGAUGAUAUUGCAGACCGUGGAGAGACAAUGGCCAAAGCAGGACGCAUAGACUCUGAAGUGCUGCGAGCCCGCCUGGGAGACCUGCAGAAGAUGUGGAAGACAUUAAUCGAGGAGACAGACAAACGCAGUGCCCGCCUGGAGGAGUCGCAGAAGGCUCAGCAGUUCUACUUUGAUGCCGCUGAAGCUGAGGCAUGGAUGGGGGAGCAGGAACUUCAUAUGAUGUCGGAAGAGAGGGCCAAGGAUGAACAGAGUGCAAUGGCGAUGGUAAAGAAACACCAGGUGGUGGAGCAAUCACUGGAGGAUUAUGCGCAGACAAUUCACCAACUCUCCAACCUGAGCAGGAAUCUAGUAACUAGCACCCAUCCUGAGAGUGACCGGAUUACUCUAAGACAGUCACAGGUGGAUAAAUUGUAUGCUGGAUUGAAAGACCUGGCUGAGGAGAGACGGGAAAAGCUACAGGAGGGUUUACGGCUCUGCCAACUCAAACGGGAGGUGGAUGACCUCGAACAGUGGAUUGCAGAACGGGAGAUUGUGGCUGGUUCCCAUGAACUGGGUCAGGACUAUGAACAUGUCACUAUGUUGAGGGAUAAAUUUCGUGAGUUCGCACGGGAUACCAGUAAUAUUGGACAGGAACGUGUGGACUCUGUGAACCGCAUGGCUGAUGAGCAAAUUGACUUGGGUCACUCUGAGAAUGCCACCAUUGCUGAGUGGAAGGACGGAUUGAACGAGGCCUGGGCUGACCUGCUGGAGCUCAUUGACACUCGAACGCAGAUGUUGGCUGCUUCAUAUGAGCUGCACAGCUUCUACCAUGACGCUCGGGAGACGCUUGACCGCAUUCAAGAGAAAGAAAAGCAGCUGCCUGAGGAAGUUGGUCGUGACCUAAAGACAGUAGAGAGAAUGCAUCGGAUGCACACUACAUAUGAACAUGACAUACAGGCAUUAAGCACACAGGUGAAGCAGGUCCAGGAUGAUGCUGCCCGGCUGCGGUCAGCCUACGCUGGUGAGAAGGCCGAGGACAUCCAGCGACACGAGGAUACUGUUGUGGAGGCAUGGAAUGCCCUCCUUAAUGCCAGCAAAGGGCGCAAACAACUUCUGUCAGACACAGUCGAAAAAUUCCGCUUCUUCAACCUUGUACGAGCCCUCAUGCUGUGGAUGGACGACGUCAACAGGCAAAUGGAUACCCAAGAGAAGCCAAGGGAUGUCUCUUCAGCAGAUCUAACCAUCAAGAACCAUCAGGGGAUCAAGUCCGAAAUCGAUGCCCGGGAUGACAGCUUUACUGCAAGCAUUGAAAUGGGCAAUGCCCUCCUGGCCAAGAACCACUAUGCUUCAGAAGAGAUUGCAGAGAAGCUGACCCAGCUCCAGGAAAGGAGGAGAGAAAUCAAUAAUAAAUGGAAGGAAAAGGAAGACUGGUUGCAGCUGGUAAUGGAAGUGCUGCAGUUUGGUAGGGAUGCAACAGUUGCUGAGGCCUGGCUAGCAACCCAGGAGCCGUACGUCAGAGCAGCUGACAUAGGAAGUAACGUCGAUGAUGCCGAGAGCCUGAUCAAACGCCAUGAAGAGUUUGAAAAGUCAGCUGCUGCAUGGGAAGAGCGUUUCCUGGCCCUGGAGAAACUGACAACACUGGAGCAACAAGAAAUCCGCCGUAAACAGGAGGAGGAGGAGGAGGAGAGAAAGCGAAAGCCACCUCCGCCACCCUCGCCCCCCAUACCGCACGUCUCCGUGACAACAGAAGAUGAUGCGGAGGCUAUGAGUCGGGCGCAGCAGAAUGAAUUGGCACGGGGUGGUGAGAUAGUGAAUCACUUGGAAACUAUCGCUCAGAAUGGAGUGCGCUCAGACAUGGAGUCACCACAGCCUUUGGAAGAUAUCAGACAGUUGAAAGAUGGUGUUGCUUCAUCUGUGACUGUGACUGUCAGUGAAGCAUCAGAACCCAUUAAUGGGACAAGCGCAGCCCCGGAAGCAAAAGGGGACCACAGUCCUGUCAAGAAGACACCGCAAUCAUCUCCACGCCCAGGGUCUGUUGGCACCCUUCUCAGCAAGACACAGGACACAGCUACUAUACAGCUCGAGGGCAUUUUAUGUCGUAAGCAUGAAUGGGAGUCACACAGCAAGAAAGCCUCUAGCAGAUCAUGGCAAAAUGUGUACUGUGUACUGAGGAACCGGACUCUUGGCUUCUACAAAGAUGCGAAGAAUGCUAGCACUGGCAUCCCAUACCAUGGAGAGAUUCCAGUUAGCUUGACAGAUGCCAAGUGUGAAGUGGCACAUGAUUAUAAGAAGAGAAAAAAUGUCUUCAAACUCAGACUCAGCGACGGGAAGGAAUUCCUAUUCCAGGCAAAGGAUGAGGCUGAAAUGAGCAGCUGGAUUGAUGGAAUCACCACGUCCAUCACCACCAGUUCCACUAAACAAGAUGACCGCUAUCCUGCCAAUCCACAGGGCCUCACUCGUGCAAUGACGAUGCCUCCUAUAUCUCCCAACAGUGGUGAUACAGUCACUAUGCGGCGGGACAAGGACGGAAAGGAGAAAGAUCGAGAGAAGAGGUUCAGUUUCUUCAAGAAGAAAUAGGAAAUGAUUCAAAAGCUGCAGAGAUUUUUUUAAAACAAAAGUCACCACACGUUCCACAUUCGUACAUCAUUCCAGUCGAUUCCAGCUUGUUUUUCCGAAUGACUCUGUGCCUGACAUUCCCGGGGCAUGGGAGGGGGAUAUAUUAAAAAAAACAAACUCCGUUUUAUCAAUGGGGAAAACAAAAUACCAACACUUCAGGAACGGUUAGUGGGACAUUUUUAAGAACUGAAACAAGAAUCACAAGCAAUCAGGUCUCGAUUAGUUUUAGGUUGUCAAGAGAGAGAGAGAGAAAAUGCUGUAGCUGUUACCAGCACUGAAGUGUAAACUCUGUUGGCUGAGCUGAGAAUGUUGGGUGCCUGCUUGGCUUUUCUGAUGGUUUGAAGUGUGUUACUUUGGCUCUGCGGACUUUCUUUAACUAUUGAAGGACAAACGGGCCCCCAAGCAAGAAGCAUACUGUUAAUUUGUCACUUCUUGCAGCUUGGUGAGGCAGUGUAUCUGAACAGCUGCGAAAAUGAAAGAAGAGUUGGAAAUGUGUCUAUUGUGAGCAAUCACCACCUAUACCCUGCCUUGUGCAAUUUAAUUUUCUUUUCUUUCACAUCUUCCCUCUCCCUUGUAUGCACCUGUCCCUUACACACUGUUUACCAGGAUGUAAGGAGAUUGGACUGGGGGCAUAGAGUGUCAAAUAACUGCCUAAAGGGUGUGGGAGUAGUUAAUUACAACAUUAAAAUAUUUUGUAUAUUUAUUGAAAACUGAAGAUACUUAAAAAAUGCAGGGAGAGGGACAGUGUAGAACAUCAGGCCUAAUUUUUGGAAGCUUUUACUUGUCCAAGUAAGUGGUUAGGUGGCAUUUAUCACAGCCACUCCUCCCUCGUCAUCAUCCUCCUCACACGUUCAAAACAAAUCUACUGUUGAUGUGAAUAGGACUUCAACUUACCAAACUUUCUUUCUCUCUCGCAGACCUGUGCUGUAGCAGGUAUUGGUAUGAAUGAUUGUUUCAAAGGAACAAACGCACACACUCGCAUGCACUCACACAUGCACUCAUUCCAUACACUGUCUGUCAUGUGCAUACACACGCAACCGUACGCACAGAUUAUAGAAAGUGUCAAACAUUUUAUUUACCUAAGUGGUUGUAGUGAAAAUUGUAGAUUAAUUCAUUGUGGGUUACUUUUUCUCUUUUGUAGCUUUUUAAGUUUGAAUUCCAUUAUUAAGUAUCUCCCCUUAUGCUUUACUGCCAAAGGGCCAUUGGCAAAAGCAGCCUCUGUUGACCACCCAAUUGAAACUGGAUAAUAUCUCUGUAGCUUGUUAUAGACGACGUUACAGAAUGCUGGAGGUUGUUGGAGUAUAGACCAGUGGUUAUUGUUGUAUUCCUGUUUAUUAGGAGACAGAGCAACCUCUCCAUCCCAGUAGAUUUCUUAUCACUUGACUCAAUUCUCAACAGCCUCUGUGUUAGCUUUCGUUAACGUUUUAAGUUCACCUUGGGUCCCACUAACUCCUGUUUCCUUUUUUUUGUGUGUACUGCAAUGCCUCCAGUGCUGCCCCUUUGCACCAGCCAACAGCUGGCUGCCCCAGCCAAAGCUAUGAAUUGGCUCGCGCCUCUCACAUUUAGGAAGCAACUCAUCAAGUUUGACCGGAGGAAGAGUAGGCAACAGGAGGUAGGAGAGACGUUAGGAAAGGUGAGUGAAUGGUCAAACAGAUAACUUGACGUGAAGGUUUCUAAAGGAGGACAAAGAUAGGAAAAUAGCUUCAUGGUAGGCCACUGCCAUUGUCAAGUGCUGUACUAUGGAAGUAGGUGUGAUGUAGUGCUCAUGUAAUCAGGGAUCUCCUUGGAGUUCAAUUGCUGAGUGUUUUUAAGUAAGUGUUGGGACUUUAUUUUAGUAAACUCCCCCAUGAUCUGACUUGACACAUGGAAUCCAGGUGAAGAAAGAACCCAAAAAGGCAUGAUGUCGAAGGAUGCAAAGGUUGAACUGAUGUUAAAAAUCAGUCAGCAUGGGAACUUCAAAAAGACAAAGGAUUGAGAAUUUACUGGAAGCUCAAAAGAGAGAGGCUGCAGCAAUGAAGGGGGGUAUUCUGAGUUUGAUAACUAAAAGCUCCUCUGGGAGACUGACAGGAGCUGCUAAUAGUUGGGAGACCUUAAUUGUGACAACUUAGUAUCGACACAAAAUGUUAUUCAAAAAUCGUGACAAGAAACCAAAUCUUUCGAAGACGGAACAGCAACAGGCUUGAGAGUUGGAACAUAUUGUAGGCAAAUGACACUAGUGCUAGAGUUCUUUUACACAAUAAAUUCCAUUUGAAAUAUUUUUACAGUUAAAAGUUUAAUAGUGGAUUCUAAACUGGCCAGCUUUCCAUCAAGAUAUCUGCAGCGCACAAACACCCAGGGAGGAAGUGGCAGAAACAGACCUCGUGGGGAGACUGCAGCAGGGUCACUGGCAGAUGUUCUGUUGUGUUUCUCACUGUUCUGUGAUAGCAAUUUUGAAUGACAUUUUGCCACAGAGUCACGAGCAGCAACUGACUAACGUGGCAAAUAACAUGCGGUAAGUGGCCUUUUUGUCAUGUAUAUGUGCAAAUGCAGUUUGGUGAUUUGCACCAAGUCCAAUAGGUUUCCAUGUGAAACACUGCAUGCGCAAUAUUCUCGAUUCAUCUCCUCAGAUUGUUCCCAUUCACUAGUGACAAUUCAACCAGUAUGUCUUCCUAGUGCUUAGCAAUUCAUAAUGCAAGUUUGAAUUUUAGGGGUGAGUGUUUUAUGCAGUUCAGUUGGGUACUGCAUUUUGAAUGCUGUUGAUGUUCAGUUGUACUGAAGUCCUUGAUGGCUUGAUGUGAAAUGUGGAAUCUAGGGGAAAUCUUUUGCAGGGAUUAAUGAGUAGUCAGCUUAUCCUUGAAGGAUGCAAGAGAAGAACACAUCAGUUUCAACAAUGUAAGAAAAUGAUUCAAGUCCUAAGUGUUCACCUUCCAAAAUGAAUCAUCUCAGAAGUGGUUAACUUAGUGCCAUUGUGGUGCUGCCAAGAGUACAGACUUUGUACACCCAGUGCCAUUGUCUUAUUGGGUUAGCCAAACCUAUUUUACCAAUUAACCUGCUAAUCCAAUUACACCACUCUGCCAAUAUAUUGGCACAGCCAUUGCACUAGUGAUGUAGAUUCAUAUCUAGGUUGUAUUACCCAGCCUGUCUGAGUGGUGAGCACUUGAAACUGCUUUUGUGAGAGGAUUCUUCUUUCCUCUUGUUCAAAUCAUUUUUGCUUUAGAAAAUAAAAGUUGAGAAGUGGCUUAGUGGCUUGGCCCUGAAUUUAGAAGGAACUGUACUUUCUUAGAAACUGGAGCAGAGCAUUUCUAGUGGUUUGCGUAACACAUGGACUAAGAUCUCCAUAAGCAAUUUUGUAAAACAUUGCUUAUCAAAAUUCAGCCCAUCCUUUGCAAGUGAGGAACCUGAAUCUCAAAAGUAGUUUUACAAAUGAACACCAGAAGCAGAGAUUACAGCCAUUGUUCCUGCUAGUGCACACAAGAGUUAAGCCAAUCUUGCUAAUAUUUUCAAAUAGUGUUAGGGAUGGAAAAAUCAGCUGGGACUCGCCAUCCACUGACCCCUGCUGGACAAUGCGUGGGUGUUCGACAGAGUCUGUUAACUAGCCAGCUGUUUUUCAAUUCAGACAGAAUCACCAAUCACUUAAGAUGCUGGAGAGUACAGUUCCCUGGGGAGCUGAAUCAACAACUCCACAAAGUGAGGUGAGGAAAAGGAGGAAUGAAAUGAGAAGAUCCGUACCCAAGGAAAGAAGUGUCAUUGGAUCACCAUUAGUAGCCAGAACGUUUUUAUAAUAUCCAAACUGUAUGUCAGAAUUAUAAGGAUGUUGUGUGCUUUUCAAUUAGUUUUAUAAUGCUUAAUUCAGAAGUUAUGUAGGUUGGGGAAAUGGUUUAUAAAUUUGAUUUUACUGGCAAGGGAUUCAAGAACAAUAUAAUGUUAGAAAAGGUUGGUAUUGAGCUAAAUAAAAAUGGAAAAUGAUGACAAACUGCAUUGUUGGCGAUUUGAAAUAAAAACAGAAGGUGCACAGCAGAUCUCAUGGACUCACAAAAAGUCUGAUUGAAUUCAUCCGUUGUUUCUCCUUAAGAAGCCAACUGACUUCCACAUUUUUGGUUGUGAUGAUGAGUUGUGGCUUUAGAACAAAGCUUCACCUUAUCCCUAUAUUAAUCAGGUUUUAUCCAUACAGAUGCUAGCAGAAAGGUUACCAUCCCUCCCCACCAAACCCUAAAGAAAUCAACACGUGACCUAUUGAUGUUUGGCCACCUUUGGCAUUUUUGGUAAAAAAUUGGAGCUUUUCUGUGAAGUGGAGUUCAAGAGACAAGAAUAACUGGUAGGAAAAGUGCAAAUGUUGGUUUAGUGCAGAGAAUGUUCUUUUAAGGUUAGAAUUUUGGCAACGUAUCUAACCCCGUGAUGUACUUGUUUCAGGAGUUUGAUGUGGACAGUGUAGAGUGAGCUUUACUCUGAAUCUAACUCUGUGCCAGAAUUGUUUGAUGGGGACAGUGUAGAGUGAGCUUUACUCUGUAUCUAACCCCAUGGCAUUCUGCCCUGGGAAUGUUUGAUAUGAAUCAGGCAUCUAACCCAGGCUGCACCUGCCCUGGGAGUGUUCAAUGGGGAAGAGUGUGCCUGAAAUUAUGCUUCAGCCAACAAAUUCUGUACCGAACAUGAGAGUGCUUGAUACUAGUAUCCACAACACUCUGGUUAAUGAGCACAGAAUUUGAAGUGAAUAACAGUGUUUGCUCAGACCUGCUCAUUUGAUUAAUUGUGAAGGACUUCGUCUGACUGAGAUGGAUAAAUUGGCGUCAGCUAUUUCUGAUGGCUGUCUCUCAGGUGCUCAUACAUCAUCAGCCGCUGAUCCACCCCAAAUCCAUACUAACAGAAGUGAAAGCUAUUGAACAUGCAGUUGCAUUUGGAAGGGAAAGAACCUAACAGACCACAGAGCAAGCUUGUUUUAAUAAUCUGGCUCCACUAGGGUGUUCAAAAUGUUCCCUUAAAGGCUUACUAAUGAAUGGAGUGGCCUUGGUGUUCCCAUUUGAAGUUCUUGUUUGGAAUAUUAUAAUCUCUAUUUACUGGCUUCUUAUUGUACUGAAAAUAAAGAGUGCAUUUAAAACGUC